UCUAUCUGUAAUAGAGCAAUGGCUUCAGUGAGAGACAUCUAUGAACUCGUUGCCGGAGGGGCCCUUGCCACCACUGUUGCGUUGGGUGGUUUUUCUCUGUUUCUGUUCAUCUUCUUGCUUGGAAGAUUCAGCAGCUUCUUCAAAAGCAAGCGUUCUAAGCUUCCUACAGUGCCAGAGGUUGCAGGACGACUACCCCUGAUCGGGAAUCUGCUGCAGCUGAAGGAUAAAAAGCCUUACAAGACGUUCACGCAGUGGGCUCAGCAAUAUGGACCAAUUUAUUCCAUCCGAGCUGGUGCUUCCACUCUUGUCGUACUCAACACCACCGAGGUGGCCAAGGAGGCGAUGGUGACUAGAUAUUCCUCCAUGUCAUCAAGGAAGCUGUCAAAUGCACUCAUGAUUCUCACUUCUAACAAAUGUAUGGUUGCUAUGAGUGACUACACUGAUUUUCACAAAAUGAUCAAAAGACUUAUUCUCUCAAACGUUCUGGGAGCGAACGCACAGAAGCAACACCGUUGCCACAGAGAAGCCAUGAUGGACAACAUGUCAAAGCAGUUGAAUGAACUUCUGAAAACCUCCCCGGACCAGGCUAUAAAUUUCAGGGAUAUAUUUGCGCCUGAACUUUUUGCACUCUCUCUAAAGCUAGUCGUGGGAGAGGCUGUGAAUGCCCUCCAUGUGGAGGAGCUUGGCAGCACCAUAUCAAAAGAUGAGAUAUAUAAGAUUUUAGUACUUGACUUGAUGGAGGGUGCCAUCGAGGUGGAUUGGCGCGAUUUCUUCCCAUACCUGAAAUGGGUUCCGAAUAAAAGCAUGGAGGAAAAAAUUCGUGGAGUCGAUUUCCGCAGAAGAGCGGUUAUGAGGGCAUUGAUGAACGAUCAAAAGAAGCGAAUUGCAUCUGGAACGGUAGUCAAUUGUUACCUUCACAAUUUGUUAUCAUCUGAAUCAAAAGAACUGACUGAAGACCAGAUUCUUAUGCUGCUUUGGGAGACCAUUGUCGAGACAUCAGAUACAACACUAGUGACUUCGGAAUGGGCUAUGUAUGAACUUGCCAGGGACAAAAGCAGACAGGAGCGACUGUAUGAGGAACUCCGAAAUGUUUGUGGACACGAGAAGGCCGUGGAAGAACAGUUAUCAAAGCUACCAUAUUUAGGGGCUGUUUUCCAUGAAACGUUGAGGAAGCACAGUCCUGUUCCAAUUGUGCCUCUUCGAUACGCCCACGAAGACACCCAGUUGGGAGGAUAUCACAUUCCCGCGGGAAGCGAGAUAGCAAUAAACAUAUAUGGAUGCAACAUGGACAAGAAGAAGUGGGAGGAUCCUUUCCAGUGGAAGCCAGAGAGAUUUCUGGAUGGGAGCUAUGAUAGCGGGGAUUUGUACAAGACGAUGGCGUUUGGAGCAGGAAAGAGGGUGUGUGCAGGCUCCCUCCAGGCCAUGCUAAUAUCUUGCAUUGCAAUUGGCAGACUUGUUCAGGAGUUUGAGUGGGAGCUCGUGGGAGGGGAAGAAGACAAUGUGGAUACUGUGGGCCUCACCACACACAAGCUCCAACCCCUGCAUGUGAAAAUCAGGCCCAGGAAUUAAGAUGUCAGAUCUGCUCCAAAUUUCACCAGUGCAUGUAUGCAUGGGAACUUUAGAUGGCAGGGAUGUGUCGUUCCUAGUUGAAUAAUAGUACCAGCAAUAUCAUAUGCUCCAGUAAGUAAGCAUUACAUUAUUGCUAGUUUUCUAUGUUUGCUUGUGACCUUGUGUUGCUAUUAUCUUUCAGAGUUAACAGUCCAGAUAGUUUCGUGGAUUGAGUUACCGCGUAUUUCUCGUUACUCCUUCGAUAACAAUAAAUGAGUAAUUUUUGCC